AUGAGCACGGGGGAUGGCGGCGAGGCGUUGGGCCCCGCCACGGGGGCAGGGGCCCGAGCCACGGCCGCGACCCCCACCACCGAACAGGGCCAGGCGGCGCCCCCCUCCGCGGGCCCAGGGACCGGGACCGCGGCCGCCAAGGCGCAGCCGCAGAAGCGGUCCGCCCGCCGCGGCGGCAAGCCGCCUCCCGACCGCCCCCUCAGGGCCCUCUUCUGCCUGCCGCUCAAGAACCCCGUGCGCAAGAUGUGCAUCGGCGUCGUCGAGUGGAAACCGUUCGAAUGGCUCAUCCUGAUGACGAUCUUCGCCAACUGUGUGGCCCUGGCAGUCUACACGCCCUAUCCUUUUCUGGACUCCAAUCAGACGAACCACUACUUGGAAAAGAUCGAGUACAUCUUCCUGGUCAUCUUCACCGUGGAGUGCGUCAUGAAGAUCAUCGCUUAUGGUUUCGUUGCCCACCCGGGCGCAUAUCUGCGCAACGGCUGGAACCUCCUCGAUUUUACGAUAGUCGUUAUCGGGAUGGUGAGCACGGUACUAACGAUUCUCAUGAAGGAAGGAUUCGACGUGAAGGCACUUCGGGCGUUUCGUGUUCUUCGACCUUUAAGACUGGUUUCUGGAGUGCCAAGUCUCCAGGUAGUUCUAAACUCAAUCCUGAGGGCGAUGGUACCUUUGCUGCACAUCGCCCUGUUAGUACUCUUCGUCAUCAUCAUCUACGCCAUCAUAGGACUGGAACUCUUCUCCGGAAAGAUGCACAAGACUUGUUGGAACAACGUAACGAAUCAAAUGAUGGACGACCCUCAUCCUUGCGGUUCCGGCGGGUUUCCCUGCGAAUCUCUUGGCCCGGAAUAUUACUGCAGCCACCAAUUCUGGGAGGGUCCAAACUGGGGCAUCACCAACUUCGACAACUUCGGACUCGCCAUGUUGACUGUCUUCCAGUGCGUCACCCUGGAAGGGUGGACGGACGUGCUUUACGACAUCGAAGAUGCGAUGGGCAGCAGCUGGCAGUGGAUAUACUUCAUCUCGAUGGUCAUCCUUGGGGCUUUUUUUGUCAUGAACCUGAUUCUCGGUGUGUUGUCCGGAGAGUUCUCCAAGGAAAGAGAAAAAGCGAAGGCUCGAGGUGACUUCCACAAGCUGAGGGAGAAGCAGCAAAUCGAGGACGACCUCAAAGGCUACUUGGACUGGAUAACUCAGGCCGAGGACAUAGAACCGGAAGCGGACGAACCUCAGCAACAGGACGGGAAAUCCAAGCAGCAGAACGAGAUGGAAAGUACGGACCAGUUGGAGGGAGACGACGAAGGAGUUCAGCAGGAGUCUUUCUGGAAACGGAAAAAACGAGAUCUCGAUAGAGCGAAUCGCCGAAUGAGAAGAGCAUGUAGAAAAGCCGUAAAGUCCCAAGUGUUUUACUGGCUGAUCAUCGUUCUGGUGUUUCUGAACACGGUGGUAUUGGCUACCGAACAUUACAAGCAACCAAAAUGGUUGGACCAAUUUCAAGAAGUCACAAACGUGUUCUUCAUCGCUCUCUUCUCCAUGGAGAUGAUGCUGAAGAUGUACAGUCUGGGGUUUCAGGGUUACUUCGUGUCAUUGUUUAAUCGGUUCGACUGCUUCGUCGUGAUCGGUUCCAUCAGCGAGAUGAUCCUGACCAACACGAACAUAAUGCCGCCUUUAGGAGUCUCCGUCCUGCGUUGUGUUAGACUUCUUCGGGUAUUCAAAGUGACCAAAUACUGGAGGUCGCUAUCGAACCUAGUGGCUUCGUUGCUGAAUUCGAUUCAGUCGAUCGCCUCCUUAUUACUCCUAUUGUUUCUCUUCAUCGUUAUCUUCGCCCUCUUGGGCAUGCAGGUCUUCGGGGGGAAGUUUAACGUCAGCGACUUGCAGGAUAAGCCACGCAGCAAUUUCGACAGCUUUUGGCAGAGUCUUUUAACCGUGUUUCAAAUCUUAACCGGCGAGGAUUGGAACGCCGUAAUGUACGAAGGAAUACGAGCUUAUGGCGGAGUUUCCAGUCCCGGGGUCCUGGCGUGUGUCUACUUUAUCAUUCUCUUUAUCUGCGGAAACUAUAUCCUCUUGAACGUCUUCUUGGCCAUCGCCGUCGACAACUUGGCCGAUGCCGAGUCUUUGACCGCCAUCGAGAAGGAAGCCGAAGAAGGGGCGGGGAAGAACAAAUCGAACAGCGGCUCGCCUCCUCCCGACGAGGUCAGCGGCGAAGGUGGAGACGAUGGAGGAGAAGGAACCGGAGGUGAAGACGAAGGUGGAGGAACGGAUCUGGAACAGGAUCCCAAUGAGACCAUGGAAGACUAUGAAGCGGCCUUGGACACCGAAGCGUCGGAAAAGGGCGAAGACAUGAACAGCCACGCAAAGGUACGACUCAACAUAGAAUCCGAUGAAGAGGAUUUAGAGGGGGAGGAUGAGGACGGUUCGGCAAUUCACGACGACGGCAUGGACGGUGAAGUCUCGGCGAGGCCUCGAAGAAUGUCGGAAUUCAAUAUGGCGACGAAGAAGCAGCCGAUACCGGCUGGUUCCGCUUUCUUCCUCUUCUCACAAACUAAUCGAUUUCGAGUUUUCUGCCAUUGGCUGUGCAAUCACAGUUACUUCGGUAAUGUCAUCUUGGCGUGUAUCAUGAUCUCGUCGGCGAUGCUUGCUGCAGAAGAUCCUCUCAAUGCAGGAUCCUACAGAAACAUGAUUUUAAAUUAUUUCGACUACUUCUUCACGACGGUAUUCACCGUGGAGAUCUGCCUGAAGAUGAUUUCCUAUGGGUUCAUCAUUCACGAGGGAGCCUUCUGCCGAUCGGCCUUCAACAAUCUGGAUCUCCUUGUCGUCUGCGUCUCCUUGGUCUCCAUGUUCUUCAGUUCCGGUGCCAUCUCCGUGGUGAAGAUCCUCAGGGUCCUCCGAGUGCUGAGACCACUGCGCGCCAUUAAUCGGGCCAAGGGCUUAAAGCACGUAGUACAGUGCGUCAUCGUAGCGGUAAAGACUAUCGGCAACAUAGUCCUCGUCACCAGCCUCCUGCAGUUCGUGUUCGCUGUCAUUGGCGUGCAGCUCUUCAAGGGGAAGUUUUUCUACUGUUCCGAUGGCUCGAAGAUGACGAAUGAAGAGUGCCGAGGAACGUAUCUUGUCUACGAGGAAGGAAACAUCAACAGGCCCACCAUGAGGGAGAGGACGUGGGCGAGGAAUCGUUUCCACUUCGACGAUGUCGCAAAAGCAAUGUUAACCCUUUUUACCGUAUCGACUUUUGAAGGCUGGCCCACACUGCUCUACGUAUCGAUAGACUCCAAUGCCGAGGACUACGGUCCCAUUUACAACUUCAGGCCCAUUGUUGCUGCCUAUUAUAUCAUCUACAUCAUCAUCAUAGCGUUCUUCAUGGUUAACAUCUUCGUAGGUUUCGUCAUCGUCACGUUUCAGAACGAAGGCGAGCAAGAGUACAAGAACUGCGAGCUCGAUAAAAAUCAGCGAAAUUGCAUCGAGUUCGCCCUAAAAGCAAAACCAGUACGUAGGUACAUCCCCAAGCAUCGAGUACAGUACAAAGUGUGGUGGUUCGUCACCUCGCAGCCUUUCGAGUAUACGAUCUUCACGUUGAUUAUGAUAAAUACUGUAACACUGGCCAUGAAAUUCUACCGACAACCGGAAUUUUACACGGAGGCGCUGGACGUCCUCAACAUGAUCUUCACCGCUGUGUUCGCACUCGAAUUCGUCUUCAAAUUGGCUGCCUUUCGUUUUAAGAAUUACUUUGGGGAUGCGUGGAACGUUUUCGACUUCAUCAUUGUACUGGGAAGUUUCAUCGACAUCGUGUACUCGGAAGUCAGUCCUGGGUCCAGCUUAAUUUCUAUAAAUUUCUUUCGACUCUUUCGCGUGAUGCGACUGGUCAAGCUGCUGAGCAGAGGGGAAGGCAUCAGAACUUUGUUAUGGACUUUUAUCAAGUCGUUUCAAGCAUUGCCUUACGUCGCCCUGCUGAUCGUCAUGUUAUUUUUUAUCUACGCCGUCAUCGGGAUGCAGAUAUUUGGGAAAAUUGCUCUGGACACCGAAACCGCGAUACACCGGAAUAAUAAUUUCCAAACGUUUCCUCAAGCGGUCUUAGUGCUUUUCCGGUCAGCCACGGGAGAAGGGUGGCAAGAGAUUAUGCUGGAUUGCUCGCAUCGUCCAGGAGAAGUGAAAUGCGACCCAAAAAGUGACGAUCACGAAAAUCAUGCCGGCUGUGGGUCUGACAUGGCUUUUCCCUAUUUCAUUUCCUUUUAUGUGCUCUGUUCCUUUCUCAUCAUCAACCUCUUCGUCGCGGUCAUCAUGGACAAUUUCGAUUACUUGACGAGAGACUGGUCCAUCCUUGGACCUCAUCAUCUGGACGAAUUUAUUCGCCUAUGGUCGGAGUAUGAUCCGGAUGCCAAAGGUCGCAUCAAACAUUUAGACGUUGUAACGUUACUUAGAAAGAUCUCCCCGCCUUUAGGAUUUGGAAAGCUCUGUCCGCACAGAGUGGCGUGCAAGAGGCUGGUUUCAAUGAAUAUGCCUUUAAACAGCGACGGAACGGUACUUUUUAAUGCCACUUUAUUUGCCGUCGUGAGGACAUCAUUGAGAAUCAAAACUGAGGGCAACAUCGACGAUGCCAAUGCCGAACUGAGAGCUGUGAUCAAGAAAAUCUGGAAAAGGACAAGUCCAAAGCUUCUAGAUCAAGUUGUACCGCCACCCGGAGUCGACGACGAGGUGACGGUCGGCAAGUUCUAUGCGACUUUCCUAAUUCAGGACUACUUUAGGAGAUUUAAAAAGCGCAAGGAGCAGGAAAUGAAAGAGGGUGACAAGGACUGUCACAAUACGGUAACAUUGCAGGCUGGCCUGAGGACAUUACACGAGGCUGGUCCCGAGCUUAAGAGAGCGAUAUCGGGCAAUCUAGAGGAACUAUUGGAUGACAAUCCUGAACCGAUGCACAGGAGAAACCAUUCGCUUUUCGGCAGCGUUUGGUCAAGUAUGCGCAGGGGACACCACAAUUUCCACAGAGCGAGGUCCCUCAAAGUAAACUCAACCACUUCCAAGGCAUCGCCUACGAAUUCCAUAGACUUCUUGCCAUACGCAUCGCUACAAAGAGGCGGCGGCAUCGACGGGUCGAAUCAAAUCACAGCGAGGUCACACCAGGUCGUACCCAACGUAGCGGGCGGUCUCAGUGACAGCGCGAUGAACCAAAUGGGAAUCGAUCCGAGAUUGAGUGGAGGUGAGGAGAACAUCCCGUUGCGACCCCUGGCCGUCUUCAGCAACGUUCCUCAAUACUCAAACUACCAGGCUGCGCAUAAAGUGCUCGAUCUUCAGGACGGAAUCGAGCGGCAGUUGACGCCUCCCACCCCCCCGCCGCGAAGGAACCCUCCGUCACCCCUGCCUGCAACCACGACCACCGCCACCACAACGACCACGACCACCGCCGCGACCAGUCCCAGUCCCGCUUCCUCGAACGGGGCUCUUCGUUAUUACCCCUACGCGCCACGGGGAUGCUGCGUCGAUUGCGCCGCUUGGACCAAUCAUGUUUCCUGGGCGGGAGAGAGUAACGGAAGCGUCGGCGCGGAACGCCUGUCGCACAGUCUGCCGGGAAGUCCCGCUGACCGGAAGCCCAACUUCGAAGUCAUCGGAAGUGCCGAGAGUCUCGUCGGAAGGGUUCUCGUGGAGCAGGGUCUGGGCAAGUACUGCGAUCCCGACUUCGUGAGGUACACGUCUCGGGAGAUGCAAGAGGCCCUGGACAUGACGCGAGAGGAGAUGGACCGAGCGGCGCAUCAGCUGUUGCUGCAGGAACGCCGAGGCCAGCCGCUAACCUACCAGCUUCAGCAAGGCAUGGACCAGCAAUGGAACCCGGCCUACCAGCAGAACCAGCAGCCGGUGAGUUACCACCCUGUCCAGGAGCAGCAACCACCGGGGACCGCGAGCCAGCAGUACCACCAGCAACACCUCCAGCAACCUCCGCAUCAGCAGCGCUCCCAGCCGCCAUCUUAGCAGCAACAAAGGCGCGCGAUGCGUGUUUCGUCUACGUAGCCAAUCACCGCCGGGGCCAUCGAAUUCCGGUGGAUCCCCGGUUUCCUCCGGAACGUUCGGUCCCAGAACCCGAGGGAUCCGUCCAACCCGGACUCGGCCGAUCGGUUUGGACCGCUAGGGUGAAACGUUGCUGCCCCGGAGUCCACCCGGACGUUCUUUCUUCGCCCGGUUACAUGAAGUAACUCGCGCUCCGGACUGGAACCGACGUCGAGAUCGGUGCCCGGAGGCUGCCGGCGCAUUCCAAACUAUUUUCUGAAGGGACGCCGCGCGGAAAUCCCUAGACGAGGCCCGACACCCGCGAGACUCGAUCGGGAAUGGCGGACCUGGUCACCAGGAAGCGACCGAAGGCCGAAAAGCGACUCGCAGACUCGUCCACGCGAACAACGGCAACCGGAUGACGCGCCUCCAUGGAAUUGCGUUCGUCUUACACCGAGAAAACAAUUUCAUUGAACCAAAUUCCAUUGAAUAGUACCAAACUCACAUCACCUUAACGUAAUAUUUCCUUGGGACUAUUCAAAGGAAUAUUUCUUUGGUUCAAUGACGCUUUCUUUUCUCAGGGUAGAGGACACUAGAUUUCUCCACCGAAGACCUGGGACCACACCGUUAAAAGCGUUCUCGUUCGAUGCGACGAUGCAAUUCGAUGGAAUGAAAUGUUUCGUACGAAGGUGCACUGAAUUUUCGUCACUUGUCCUUGGAGACUCACUCAAGUAUCGUGAAAUUCUUAACAAAGUGUGUGGAGUUUAUUGCACGUUAUUGUAUGAUAACGACUUCCGUGUGAGCUCCGUUAGAUUGAAUGCAAACCUUUUUAACGGUGUAGGGACUGCGACCAGGGAUCCGGGGAAUUGCUUGUUUCGUUGCUGCGGACGUUGUAACGAUAGACCACGAGUAAAUGCGCGAGAACGUUACAAAAAUUAAAUUUAUUGAUCGUUUCUUUAACGUCGCGUUGACGAUAAAAUGUAAGUACAAAUAUUUUAGGAUUUGUACGCGUCUCUUUUUCAUUUUUUUCUCGGGUACCUUUGCUCGGUAGAUGGGCGUCGCGGUUUGCGCAGAAUGUGAAAGGUAUUCGUAUUCGGGGCUACAAUGGGCCCUUAAUGGUUUCUAUCGAAUCCGCUCACUAUGUGCCAUUUUUCAAUGUUAGUCUUACAUUAUCACGUGUAUUGUAACAUACGUAACGUAACGCAACAAGAAUUCAUAUCGGAUCCCUGGUUACGAGACUCGUAACGUGCCGUUGUGGGAUGAGCCGUCGUAACAGCGAUUCUCCUUAUCAGGAAAACGAUCCAAGGAAUUAAUAAUUAUUAAAUAGGACAAAUUACUUCCUUCUUGAUAUAUUUUCUAGCUGGGAUAUAAAAGUUCUUUAAGACCCUUGACUCAAUUUCAUUGAGUUUCCACGCGCAAAUAGCAAAAGAUAUCCAAGGAAAUUAAUUAAAACGAGCCCGAUGAGCUUGCAUUAAUUGGAAAUAGCUUCAUAGUUACAAUAAUAGAAGAAUAAACAAAUCAAAAGGAAGAAUCGUUGUUAAGAGAAAAUAUCCCCGGGACUCGAGCGCCUUCAUCGAAGAGCUUUCAAGCGCGACUCCGCCAACCGAGAGUGACGUUGCUUUUGGAAAAGUGUAGAUAAUUAUGGAUUAUUGUUCUUACUCGUAUUAUUACUACUAUUAUUACUACCAUUAAUCGUUCGUACAGUGGAUUAUAAAAAGAUAACAAGUGCCUAAGUACCUAAUAACUUCUUUCGGACCAGAGAAGACUUUAUCAACCUAGUCAGAAUAUAAUUGCGAAUUAAAUGCGAGAACGAAGAUGAUUAGGGAGUCAUUGUUGCUCGUUGAAAGGAAGAUCGAGGAGACGAUAUUCGAACAAGGGAUUCGGCGAUGCGUUUGAAAGAGCAGUUUCUACUUUGUAAAAAAAAUGUGGUGUUCGAUUCAAGAGUCUGGACGUGUACGCACCCCGAAUCGUCGAUCCAACGCCUUUCAGGGCACGCAUAGAUCCACCCUAUAAACGAUACCAGUUUUUUACAAUGUAGAGAGUGUUUCGAUCUUACCACUGACCGUAAUAGUAAUCCCGCGGACACUGUUGAAAAUUUCCCUCAAAAUUUGCCCUCUAUCGGUCGAUUUCGAGCGAAUCAAAUAAAUUGCGUACAGACGAUACGAAUUGCACCGAAAACGAGAGAAGAAAUUUCAAGCCCCUUAUUUUGGAGCUAAAACUUCCGGACAAUUUUCAUAAGGAAUUGACUCGUGCAAAACUCGAAAAACGUGUUCUUGCAAUUAUUGGCAAACUCUUCAGAAAUAAAGUGAAAUUUAUCGCGAAUGCCGAUGGGACUUGAUUUUGCGCGGCAAUUUUUGACAGUGUAAAGAAUACCUAACUAUGCCCUCGUAGAGGAUGCGGAGUUUCGACGCGAUGGCAAAGAGAUGCCGGAAGCUCCGAGGGGACUCUUUUGCAAGAGAAUGUACAGGUGUAUUUAGAAAGAAUGGACGCAGGUUAAGGAGAUUACGCUAAUGCAAGUAUAGACCGCGUGUUCUCCACGUGUCGCUUGAGAGAACGCGAAGCGUGGCGUGUGUGCGGCGAUCAAUUCCGUACGGGCGUUUUCGAAUGCUACCCUAGGAAUACGGGGAACCGAUUUUAUGUAAAUUACGAAGAAGCAUCAGGAGAGGCAGAAAUUUCGGCAGAACACAUUAUCGAACAAUUACCGUGUCUCUUAACGACACUCAAGAAACUCGUGCGCAUACCAACCGUAUAUUAUACCAUCGUGUAUACCUACUUAUUAUACACCGAAUUUUCGUAUUCGUUUUUUCGAGGUCUUUCUUAUAACGAUGUACUCCGUAGCCGACUUUUUAUACUAUUGUAAGGAAGGUUUACACCGCGACUCGUAGGUUACACCCGUCGUAGCAGUUAUUCGUAUUUCGAGGAGAGUGGCGCCAUUUUUAAUCGCCACGUGACGCGAGUAAAGGGGAUUUCUUAAAGAGGCCAAGACUACGGAAGUGCGCAUCGCGAGAUGUUCGAGGAAUCGAGGAUAAAAUUAAGGAAUCCGUGUGCACGCUAUUUUUCAAGGGCUCGAACAUUGACGCGUUUUGCGACGCCAAACGGUCAAAAGGUUCCGCAUUUUCGGGGGACACGGAAUCAGGCGAAUAAUCUCACGGGAGAUGAGGCUCACUCUCGCAGGAUAUAAAAUCGACCCCCAGGAAGCCGUCCCCGGGCGGAGAAAUUUUUCAUUUGGACUUUUUAAGUCACGACAACAUCUUUCGAACGCGUUUGUUACGCCAGUUUCCUCGUGCGUUGCACAAAGUGCAGAAGAAAUCGACGCACCGCCGAACAGAUAGGAAACAGAUAGGAAAUACCCCGCGACGACGAUGCGGCCUUCACACACGCCAUCGCUGCACGUAUCCUAAGAAUCGCGGCUUCCCCUCCCGAGGGCCGUUCCGAGGGAUCAUCGACGCACAAAAGAACCAGACCAAUGGUAGCUGCAGACCUUUCGGAUUAGGCAAGGGGUCCCAACGAUUCUGUACAAAAUAUGGCACGACUAAAUAAUAUUAAAUAUUUCCUUAGGCGAUCCGGAACGGCCUCUCGAGGUAGUCGCUGGCCGAUUUCUCUCGAAACGAUCCACUUUCCCGACUACUUUGGAAUCGCCUCCCCGACCUCCGCGCCGGACAAGUUUCAAGGUAACGUCCCAAGGCUAAGGAUUUCCCGAGCGGACGCGAAACCGAUGGUGGAACCGCUUCGCCCUGGUAUCGUUGCUUCCUCUUCCACGAUCCACCGUAUCGGGAAUAGGUCCAGGACUUUCUAUUUUCUACAUCGCCACAACGCGGUGGAUCAUGGGACAGAAAAAUACCGUAACGCGAUUCCGACCUUUUCGCAUCUUUGCGCGAUUUCGGAAAAUGUGGAAGGGUCGGAUGCGUAUAAAGGCGUUUUAUGCGGAUUCCUCGAAGCGCCAGGGAUGUAUUAUAACUAUGACGUAAUAUAAGGAGACAUAACGCCUAAGAUCGGUUCUACAGAAAGUAAUCCCACAAUCGGGACCUAACAAUAAUCUGCACACGAUAUACAGAAUGUCAUGUUCUUAACGCGAUAAAGACUAGCAGACGAUAAUUUGUAGUUGCAAAAUUUCAUCGAGGAGGUGCUCUCGAUACUAAAUCAAAAAAAAUCUGAAGAUCUUGGACCCUUAAAGAGGGAACGAUUUCAAUACACGGCAUUGUAUCUCCUUAUACUACUUAGUGACUAGCACUUUUCGAUUUCGUGCGUCAAAUUACAUGUAUUUCUUAUGUUUACGGAAAAUCGGCAGUUCCUCCGCCUGCUUCGCGUCGCUCCACUUUUUGCACUCUUGCAUCUCCUCUAUGGCGAUACCAAACUUAAACGCCGAUUGAACAAUUUUCCCGAAGGGAAGCAGUCGCCGAUCGUUUAAUGAUCCUCGAUCGCCAAUUCCAGGGCGAUUUCGAAAAGCUUGGAAUAAAGUAGAGGAACUUUAACGCCGCAACUUGCAAUCGAGUCGCGAAGGUGGAGAGGGAUGAAAGAGAGUCGUCGCACCCAGCCUGUUAAAUUCGUCUGAUAUAAUCGCCCUACGAUUUUCUUCUAAGACCGUAAAGUUACCUAUAAAACGUAAUACUUUGCGUAGAGCACACAAUCGAGAAGUCGGGCAUUCGCAACGUCUCGCGAGGGGACGCUCUUCUACUUCCGCGAGAACCAAUAUGGCGUCUUUUCUUGCCGCUCUUUUCAGAGUAUUUAGUGAAUAAGUAAGAGAAACGAAUACCGAGAAGCGUAUAAACUACCGGGUACCAUUAAGUAGAACCUUAGUGCGCGUUAAUUCUAAACUACGACGAUCUGCGCUUUACUUAUCGUCACUUUAUUUAUCGUAUUGCGUGAAGUUUCUUCACCGGAAGGCAUUUCAGGAGCCUGACUGAUUAAACCUGGUUUAUACCUCCUAACUCGAAGUUAACCGUAACUUAAUUAUCCAUCGUAAGGAAUUGAUUGAGAGCGUUUAUGAUAAGAAUUGGGGUUAAGAUAAUGUGAAACGGACUGAGGAAUUUAAUCGAUGUCGAUAAUAUAAAAUCGAUCUAAACCUUUUUCUGCGGUAACGCCAAUUUGGAUACUCAAGUAGUAACAUAAUCUGACGCGUUAUCGACAUUUAUGUUUACGUUGAAGUCCGUUAUACUCUGCAAUUAUAAAAAGAUUCAAGUAAAACUAAAGAAAUCCCUCGGAUUUAUGACUUUUGAUACUCUAACCGACCAAUGGCGCCAUCUGCUACGUUCAGCUGCAACUAAAUGUUCACUCUAAGAGCACAUGUAACCCACAAUAAACCAGAAUUCUCUCACAAUCGUUCAUGAAAGUAUUUUCCAUAUUUUCCCAUCUGACUCUGUAAUAUUUGAUUUUCAUAGUAUCUUAAAUUGUUCGAGCUAGGUCCUGAAAGUUUUCAUUUACGAUUUUAAGCCUUCAAAAAGCGAAAAACAGCAAAAAUACGGGAUCUAGUCAAUGAUGAAUGCAAUAAUUUUUAUAUUAAGUCACGGUUGAAUUAACAUUAUUGUUAAUGUUGAAUUAAUUGUAAAAAUUGAAGCGGAUCGGUACGUCAAACUAGGAAAAUACUUUCAUGGACGAUUUGACCUCUCGUACAGCAGUUUCACGUCACCUAAAUAUAAGAGAAAAAAUGCUCCCUAUGGAUUUCUUACGGUGAACCAUUAAGAUAGGAUUGAGUUAACGUUAGGAAGCAUAAACUAGGUUUGAAUCAAACGACCCGAGCUGCUCCCGACAAAGACUGAGAAUUUUCACCCGACAAAGUCUCGGAUGGCGUUUCGACCGCUCAGCAAUUGCGCCCCAGGAUUUGGUAAUCCCUCGAGGUUAAUUUGUUGGCUGUUGCCAGCCUUAAUAGAGCACUUAAGUCGUCCCUUCCUCGGAGGAUGCGAACGCCCCGCGACCAAUAAUCGUAAUCGUUUUGUAUAACGACGACUCCUCCUGCGCCCGGCCAUGACGAAACCGCGCGGAGUCGUGUACCAUGGACGAUGUAAACAUAUUUUCAUAUAUGAGCCGUUGUUACUUGGUUAAGUAUUACUACCGAGAUCCAGACCACAUUUUCAGGUAGCUUGUAAAUAAUUGACUACCGGUGUAAAAUGAUUUCUAGGGGAUCUGCCCGAUCGAUUAGGGUCGCGUCAGAGACGAGCGAGAGCGUUAGCCGAGGAAAGUCAUUUUUGUCGCACAGGACACAACGGCAAAGAGGAAAGUCUAGCGCAGGUAGAGUUCGAAAAUCCUCGGUAACAUAAAAUUAAAGAAGGUAACCGCGAAACAUACCGUAAGUUACCAAGAAUAUCGAGAACCUAUGAGAACGUUAAUUUUGUUAUUUAUAUCUUACGUUUCUUCGUUUAAAUAACGUUUCUUUUCGAUGCACUUCUAAGUUCAAGCUAAGAGUAAUAAAUACUAUUAGAAAAUAUUGAUUAUAAGGUCUUCGUUCCUUCCAGCUAAACAUAUUCACGUAUGUACAACUUCACGUGAAAUUUCAUGCGAUUUGUUUCAAAACGAGCCGAUAUUUCGUUCUUCUACGAAGUCGCUCUGUCAUAAAUAUUUAAAUUCUCAUAAUUUCUCGAUAAAAAAAAGCUUCGGGGAAAUUGCCGAUAAGUUGCCGGGAAUUUCUCAUCGUUCCCGACGUAACUUACCGCGUUUAGAACUCUAAGCGCAGGGCGAAGGGGAAAAUAUAAGGAACAGGAAAGUAACAAGUUUUCCGACUAUUCGUAAGUGACCUUCCGAAAAAACCGACGGAACGCUGUGUUAAGUCGAGACGUACGCAACGAUACGUCACGGGGUAGAAUUAACGUUCUUCACGGCUUAUUCCUUAUAUUUUAAGUUUCGCGCUAGACUGAAAGCGAGAGGGCGAGCAGCAAAGAGACCGAGUUUGAUUCGAAUUCUUUGGUCUUAUCGAUUUAGCCUCUGGGCCUGCAAUACCGAGGCGGCGGCGAAGUGACCACGCUGCCGCUCCGUUAGUUCAUUGGACCGUCCACGGAUGGCAGCACGAUCGUUAGAGAAUCGCACUCACGCGCACGCGCACCCUCUGAACUCGUACUGCCGUUCCUACAUUGUUCCGUUGCACACACAAUUUGAACUAGAAAACAGGAGUGGUCUCGUGAAACCUAUGAAAAAAUGAUGAGAAACGUCUCCCGGGAAAAAAGCUCCACUAAAAAUGCGCCGAAGAUUCGAGCUAAUCCAUAUUGACUAUGUCUCAUUCGCCCCCCUAAAUUCGGGAUUUAUCGUAUCCUACCCCAGUAAAUCCGAUUUUAAAUAUCGACCGAGACGCUCAGGAUCGAAUUUACGCAUUUAUUAAGAUGAUACGGAAAGGGAAUUCUAUAUAUACAAAAUGUCAAAAUAUUUAUAAAACUUUUUUCCAAGCUGAAACUUCAGCACGUGAUUAUGGAGGCUUUAAGGAUGAACGUGGUGCUCGUAAAAUUCAAUUUCUUAUAAAAAAAAUUGUUUACCUAUCCCAGACUAAAACCGAGAUUGUAUAUAUUUUUUUUUAUGAAAUUUCACGAGCACCACAUUCGUUCUUAGGGCUUCCAUAAUCACGUGCUGAAAUUUUAAAUGAUUCGGUGCAAACAGUUCGGUGUUUUAUAAAUAUUUGCCCGAUUUCUUGUAUAGAAUGACCCUUUCGCAUAACUUUAUUGCGACGGAGACGAUUUACUGGGUCCGAGCUCAAUAAAUCCCGAAUUUAGGAGGACGAUGGAGAAGUAGUCAUCGAAACCACUAAACGCACGUUUCUUAGAUUCGCAAUUGGAAUACAUCAGCCCUCUCCUGUUUUCAUUCCGUUCGAAUGACUGGAAUACCUGCGUUAUAGUUUAAUUUUCCGCCACGCGUUCCUCGCUAAUCAAGGACGAGUUUCGAGCUCCCUUUUCCCUUAAGUUUAAUCCGAGACAAACUGGCGCUCUCGAUCUGUCGAUUAGGCCAACGAGGGAGCGCGCACAAAACGUUCCGUUUCAUUUACAAGACACCUCGAUGCUUCUGCGCCAACGUGCACGCAAUUCGGAAUUAAGCGACUGAGAGGCAAGGAAGGCAGGACGGAGAAAAGCGGGCGGUACAGCAUUUUGCCCAAUAGAGGAGAAACUAACGCAAAAAUUGUUGUUGUUGAUGUUGUUGUCAAAAAUGUGUCAAAUUAAACUAUAAGAAUUUGAAGUAUCUCACAA